AUGCGCACUCUAAACACCAUCAACUCGUCAUCCUCUCGUCCUACAUCUCCAGGUCUAUCCGUCUCUCAGCCUCGCACUCGACGUCCCCUGACCCCUUCGGCAAACGAUAAACUAGUCACCUCGUCUAAACCUCUUCCCAAGACUAGAUCCCAGGCUACUGGAAAGACCCAGGUUCAGGCCCAGGCUCAAGCUCAGGCUCGUCCCCGAUUCUCCUCGGCUGGCAACAGACGCACGUCGCCAUCCCUUGGCUUCCACAACCCGAAUCAACAACAUGUUCUUUCAGUAACCGCAACAAUUACCUCGACCCGUUCUACCUCGUCGAGUUCCGCACCUCCUACCACCAAAAUGGCCCCCAGCGAAUCGAGACAUCGUCCCCCGCAACUCAGCGCCUCUGCUGCAAAGACGGUCGGACGAACGCCCCUUACGCCCAAGAUUGCCUCGACACCAAAAGGCCCUGCAUUGGGUGCACCUCCUUUAGUUCGAAGAUCGACCCAGGGACUAUCCGCUGUUGCGUCGCAUCGAGAUGAAACUGCCAUCACUCCCCGAUCUGGCAGUCGACAAAGCCGUAACAAUAGCAACACCACUACUCCCAGUGGAACACCGAAUCUGGACCAAGAGAGUUGGAACCCGCGAAACUCUCUGACCUCGAUAGGGAGGUUAUCGCGAGCUGAAUCUCCCGCAGAUCCAGAUGCCAAAUUCUUUCGUGCUAGCGACGCUCCAACUUCAUCACAGCCGUCCGGCCGCCCUUCAAUAAGCUCUCAAAAAUCGAACAACUUCUUUCAUGCCAGUAAAGCAACCUCGGAAUUCAAGAAAGCCACUAGCCCUUCUGCCGCGCCAUAUACUUCAGCAUCAAACGCCGCACCCGAGCCUUUAGCUUCAAAGUUCUUUUAUGCUAAUGGCGUUGACCUUGAUCUAAAACCUACUUCAGCCAAUGCCUCCAGCUCGAGGCUGCAGUCCAAGCGUCCAAGCACCAGCAGUUCAACAAAUAACUCAAAUAACUCGCAACCUUCGAGGCCACACUCUCCUACCAAGAACCCUCAGCCAAAUCCUUCCAUCCUCAAGAAUGCGGGUGCGCCUGGACUUAGCGGCAGACCGCAAGUAGUGUCACCGCUUCAGAUAGCUUCUCCACCGCCAUUAGCUCCUGCGGCGUCCAUCACUGCCAAAAGACGGGUCAGCAUUGAGUCGCCUCCCAAAAAGCAAAGAGGUCAUGCGAGAGCCGGCAGCGUGCCGAAUUUUGAUCAUGCUAAUUCGCCCAGGCUGCCCAUGUCACCAGCUCGGAGGCAGCAUGAACUUUCACCCCCUAGUAGCCCUGGCACGAUACAGCCGGCUUUGACAAUGGCAUCGAUUCUUCAGAUGGCCGAGGACAUUAGCGACGAAGAAGAAGAGAAUGAAGAAAAGGAUACCCAGGACAAUGAAUCCCAGCCUGACCUUCAGAGCCCUACCAAGUCUAGCCAUGGUGAGCCCGUGAACGAUCUGGUGGCUAAUGCUCGAAGGGAACGAAAGGUGCAGGAUUUGCAAAUCACAAAUGCCUCUCUCGAAGCUAUAAAUCGCACUCUGGAAAGACAAAUGCGAAAGCAGCAGGCUGAGAUUCGCAGAUUCCGGCGACUAUCGAGGUCAGGUCGGUUGUCUGCCGUUGCUUCGGCUGCCUCUAGCCGAGUGACCUCUGCAGCAUUGACGGAUGUCCCUAUCAGUCUCUCCGAUCUCAGCGAAGAGGAGAACUCGGAGCCCCCUUCUGAGGACGAAGACUCGCUUGAUGAAUCUGACAUGUCAACCGAUUCCAUCUCAGCUCCUCUCGAUCCGAAUGACGAGAAGGCCAUGGAAAAGGCCAUGGCGCGUCGGAAACGCGAUGAGGACCGACUACAGCUUGACCUAUCCAAGCACCGCGAUAUUCUCGUUGAUAGCCAAAAGAUCAACCAGAGCAUCAAGCGAUGUCUCAACUGGACCGAGGUUCUCAUCAAAGAGGGCCAGAAGGCUUUGGAAUACAAGGUCCGCGUCACAGAUGUCGAGUUAGUUGGCCAGAUAUUGCCUCCUCUUAAUGACGACGAAGACGAUGAUCUGUCCGAGAUUGAUGAUUUUGGAACUGAUCCCGGCAGUCCGGUGGAUGAACCCCCUCUGCCUUGGGAAAAGAGCUCACAGGACCGUGAUAGUGGCAUUGAGUUGCAGCCAGACAGCAGUUAA